GUCUCUUACCAUCGCGAACUCCUGGCUGCCCUCGGGCGACUACCUUCCACAACUUCCCAGUUUGUUUCAUCACAUUCAGCAUAAUCAUGACGGAAUUGGACCACGACGAAGGAACGAUGGAAGUGAAAUCCAGGGCCAGUUUAAAGGACCCAUCUGUUAACAUUCCUGUUAAAUUUGAUUUCAAUAAGUUUCAGGAGGAUAUUUUUCAAGAAUAUGCUUUGAUCGCCCGGUCCAUGCCAAAUGAUAUAAUCACCCAAGAUCCUACUCCUAAGUCGCUACACGCGGUCUUCUAUGAGCUAUCUCCCCAAUUGUGGCCCAUCUUAGAGAAGGACAGCGUCCGGUGCUUACUCAACUUUUUGGUGAGCAAGCGGGGUAUGACAUGGAAACAUACCAUCACCUCACAAACCUUAACUUACAUGAUCAGUUAUGAUGCCCUACGAUGUGCAAAAGUUAUAUUGGAGGGCAAGGCACCAAGGCUCAAUGGACACCAUGCCAAUCCCAACUGCAUUAACCCAUAUGGAUACUUCCCGCUCCAUGAAGCUGCCGAAAGGUUUUCUGUUGACAUGAUCAAGUUACUCUUUCGUCAUGGUGCAUCAGCCAGUGUACGCACAGUCGGGGAUAACAUCAUUGAGAACCUACUCCCACUCCAUGUUGCGGUCGAAAAUACUUGCCUGCAUAAGUAUUUGGAGGAUAAUUUAUUUCCAUACCAGAACCAUUGGGAUUAUAUCUACAAGAUUAUCCAUCUGCUAUGCAUGCCUGAAAUGAAAAUCUUUUUGGAUACGGUUAGACUGCUAGCAGAAAGAACAGAUAAUCUAGUUGAUGAGAUAUGGAAUUACGUGAAGGAUGGAAAACUUGUCCAGUCUGCAGUUUUACUUCUGUCAGCUCAAGCGCAAAUCCGUGGGGGCUGUUCCUCCAAACGCAACGGCAAUAAUAAGCGUGAUGGGUUUGAUAUUAUCAUGUGCCAUAUAGUGAGACAUUUGGUUACCCUAAGAUCGGAGAACAAAAAUACAAAUACACGGAAGCUGCGUGAGGAAGAGAGAAUAUUUAUGGAGUUUACGGGCCUGCUUGUUGAUAUUGUUUCGCAAGCUGGUGAAGCCCUUUCUGCAUACAUUCAGGCACAUUCAAAGGUGCCCCACAUGGAGGUUCUGGAGCGGGUUUCUUCUAUCCUCAAGGAGUAUGGGUUUUGCCCGACUGGAGAAAUCGUUGAUGUUAAGAACCUCUGCCCUUACAACUGCGUAAUGUCUGAUGAAGAGUUAUACCACCAAGGGCUUAUGAAUUCAACCAAGGGUGGUGCAGCGGAAGAAGUACAUGUACUGGAGCAUUCUAUCUUCACUUGUUCUUUUGGCAAAUGCCUUGCUGCGGAAAAGUAUCUGCCUAAAGGAUGGGAUAACACAUUCACAAGGAGAAAGUUCUUCCCAUAUUGGAGAUCGGUGCUACAGGCCCGGGCUUUUCUGCGGGUGUACCCAUCAUAUGCAACAGCAGAUGCCAGUCGACCUACUGUGCCUACUCCAGUUCCAGGCCAUAAGCUUCCCUCGCUGGGAAAAGCUCCACAACUGUUAAGCAAUCGUCAAUCCAGAAGACUUUUUGGUACCGACGCAUCCGCAGCUAGGUCUGCACUUGGUUAUGAAGAACUUCGUUGCCCUCGGGGAAGCUCAAUGGACAGGACUCCAAGUCAAAAUCACAACCUUUCACUGCUGGAAGAGUUACACAAGCAACAAAUAAUCAUGGUCAAUCUAGAAGACUCUUUGGUACUGCUGCGUCCAUCCUCCUGAAGGUGGCAAGGAAAGCGUGAGCAGUUGGCCAUGAAGGUUGUGGUUGCUGGGGGCACUCGGUGCAUUUUUCUCCUAGAUGGGAAGAUGAGGCUGCUGAUUCACGGCUGUGCGCGUGCAUUUUUCUGCAGCUUGUAAGAGCAUGGGAAGA